AUGUUUGAACUCCAGGACCCCGCGCUGAAAACAACAACUAGUCACAGAAUUUCCUUUUCAAUUAUGGACAUUCUGGACCCACACAAGUUCACAGGUAAAAAGCUAGAUGGACUUUUCACAGAGAACAACGAGACGACUUUCUGGAGCACAGAGUUUGGAAACAUGUCCAGUUCACUCUCUGGCAGAGAGACUCCUCAAACGGAGUCGUUAAUUAUCAGUAAUAAUCCAGGUGGGUGCACAGAAGAAGAGCAGUGUAACUCGCUCCUCACACCAGAUGUGGAGACAACCACCUCCCUUGGAGACACACACACUCGUCUCUCGUGUCCUAAUGACCCGGAUGAGGCGGACGGCGAUGAAGAAAGCAGCAGCGUUAACAGUGUUGCAGACGCAUCGGGUACAGAGGAUCCCGCGCGCCGCCGCCGCCGGUCCCGGUCCGAUCAGGGGAGCGCGCGCCCCCGACGCGCCAGAACCGCCUUCACCUACGAGCAGCUGGUGGCGCUGGAGAACAAGUUCCGCGCAACGCGCUACCUGUCCGUGUGCGAGAGACUAAACCUGGCGCUGGCGCUCAGCCUGACAGAGACACAGGUAAAGAUUUGGUUUCAGAACCGCAGAACAAAAUGGAAGAAACAAAACCCGGGGGCUGCAGACAAUAUCCUGCAACCCACGAGCUCGAGCGUGAGUCCGGGUGUGGGACUUUGCGGGUCAGCCGUGGCGGGAUUUCACACUUUCCCACCUUUCAGCGGGGGAAAUGGUAUUUUCCACUCUUCCAGCGUUGUACCAUUAUCAUCAUCUGGUACGCUCCUGCGCCCGUUCUUUUCUAGUGGCUACCUGCAGCCCACCUUCUUCCAGCCUCAUUUAUAAAAGGACGAAAAAGUGACCUGCUAAAUGAAUGGAAGUGGAAUGACGAACAAAACAUAAUCACAGAACUUCAAACUGGUCUUUUUCAUGCCAUUCUGGUAGCUCCAAGACACAAGAUUAUGCAGAACGUAUGCCAAAAUAUUUCCAAGAUAGUUAUUCUAGGACUGAAGAUAAAACCCAUAUAAUUCAGCCAUGAGUCACAUUUUAUAAACUAAGAUCAAACCCUGUUAGUAUUUGAUACAACUGCAGCAAAAUUUAUGUUGUUGCAGGAUGCAUUAGAGGAUCCUCUGAUUUAAAAAGGUGUUUAUUUCAUUGAUUUAAAUCAUGUAUGUCUUAUAAAUGCCAUUAAAUUCAAGUAUUUAACAGUAUAUUCUG